UCUCUCUCUCUCUCUCUCUCUCUCUCUGUGGGUAAGAUGAGGAGGAGCAUCUGUAUCAGUGCCUAUAGCGUGAUGGACGGGCAGCAGGUCGCCAUAAAACACACAUUUGCUCCGGCAGAGUGAAGUGAGGUGACCGCAGGUUCUGGUCGGGCUGAGGCGUGUCGCGGUGCCCUUGAGGAGACUAUUGACUGCCGCAGGAGACAGAGGAAGAUAGGGUAGUAGCAAAAGAACAAAUGACCAAGAAGAGGUGAUGGAGCUUUGGAGAUGCUCGGUAAAUGACUGAGGCUGACCGAGAGUCAAGUUAAACCCGGCGGGAUCCGCUGGUUUGCGGGAAAGCAGGUGUCUGUCAUCAUUAAAGCUUUAAAAUGGAGUCCACUCACCUCCUGACUGGCUCUAAGAAGAGAGUAAAGAUCCACCCUCACACCGUCACAGCCAAAUACACCACGCACACCCCUUACUCCCCUCAACCUGGAGUACACACACACUUCCCCCAACCAGGGGACGAGGGCUACGAUGACGCUCCAUCUUUUGAGGACUUUGGCUCCUUCCUGGAGGAGACUUCAGACAAGAAACAGCUGACGGAGAGCCGGAGGUGGCCUCUGACUCUGUUUGGCUCCAAAGACAAGGACACGACUAACAAACCUCAGGCUGCUGGGGGAGGAGAUGGGAGCGAGGGGGGAGCCAGAGCAGCAAAGGGGUCUGGGAAAGGGGUAGGAGAACAGCUGGCCAGUUUUGGGGAGGCGUCUGUGUCUGCGUCGCGGCUCACCUGGGUGGGGCUGCUCGGUGCGGCGCUGGCUCACGGCUGUUUGAUUGUUCUGACCCGCCUGGCCUCUGAACGCUUCAGCCUGGGCCCCCUGUUUCUGCUCUUGGUUCGGUCCAUAGUCCAGCUCCUCUCUGUAGCUGUACCACUGCACAGGGGAGAGAACCCUUUCGGACCGGAGGGCUACCGUCUACGUCUACUCUGUUACGGCAUUGCCUACUCUCUCUCCCUGUGCUGCGCCUACUCCUCCUUAAGCUUUGCCUCUCCUGGAAACGCCACAACAACCUGGCGCCUGGCAACCACAGCGCUAUCAGCAACCCUGGCCUUCUUGCUCCUGGAAGAAAGGCUGGGAUUGCCUGAUGGGAUCAGCAUGGCUGCAGGACUGUGUGGUUUGGGGCUUGUGUUACUUCCCACAGCAGAUGAGAGCAACUCAGUUUCACCAACUGACCCGGUUGUGUUCUGGAGGGGUGCGUUCGGCUGGUCUCUUUCGGCUCUCGCAGGGCUGUGGAUGGCUCUGGCGCUGGUUGGGUAUCGCUCCCUAAAGGAGAGGGUGGGGGUGGGCACAGCUUUGUUCACAGUAAGCUGGACAGGCUGCCUACUGGCCCCAGCCUCCUUGGCUCUGCUCCAGGAGGGCUGGUCCUGGCCUAUGAGUGUCCCAGCCUGGGGCCUGGUGCUGGGCCUGGUUGCCUGCUCUGUAGCAGCCUUUCUGGGGAUGACGCACGCUCUAACCCGACUCCACCCGGCUCUGGUCUCUGCCUCUCAGAGCCUGGAGGUACCUGUCGCCAUGCUGCUGCAUCUGGCAGUGCUGCCGUUGGCUCCCACUGCGCCCGAGGUCGUCGGGAACGUGAUGGUCGUACUGAGCGUUGGUUGGCUGGUGGCGUUGAAGCUGCUACCCGCUCGUGGGGGAGGCAGGCGCCAAAGGGAGGAGUAUGAGGAGAUUCUGGACUCACCCAUCAAAUAGACAUCUCUUCUCUCCUCUUCACACCUCCUUGUUUUCCCCUCACUUCCUCCUCCACAAGAUUGGUUUUAGUGUACAUAAGAGACUGCUAAAUGUUUACUGGAGCUUUAUCUAUUUUGUAUUGUCCUCUUUGCUUUUGAGAAAGUGCCAAUAUUGUGUUGUCUGUUAUAGUGACUAUGUGAUGUGACAUUAAAAUCUCUCUGAUGAAUACAAUGCA